AUGUUCUACUGGCGUGCAUCAGUCUUGUCAGCUUUGGCUCUGUCAGCUCUCGAGCCUGUGCGAGCAUCACAGGAGCCUUUCCUAGACAAUGGCGCGUCUGCCACGAUCAGAAGACGGCAAUUGCACGGCCGGUUUCUGCAGGUGACGGACUUCCAUCCGGAUCCCUUUUACAAGGUCUACUCGUCGAUAUCCGAAGAUGGCGCAUGUCACAGAGGCUCUGGACCCUCGGGCUACUAUGGCGCCGAAACAUCCGACUGCGACUCGCCUGUGUCACUCAUCAAUGCCACUUUUGACUGGAUCCGCGAUGAGCUCAAAGACUCGAUUGACUUCGUCAUCUGGACUGGCGACUCGGCUCGCCACGACAACGAUGAGAAGAUACCCCGAAAUGUGCAGCAAGUCGUCCAGCUGAAUCAACUACUUGUCGACAAGUUUUAUGAAGUCUUUGGCAAGAACCAAGACGAGCCUGACGACGACCCUACAAACGACCUCGUCGUGCCUGUCGUGCCUACAUUUGGUAACAACGACAUCCUACCGCACAACAUCUUCGAGAGAGGACCCAACACCUGGACUCGGCGCUAUCUGGACAUUUGGCGAACUUUCAUUCCAGAAGUGCAGAAGCACUCCUUCGAUCAGGGCGGCUGGUUCUACGUUGAUGUCAUUCCUAAUCACCUUGCUGUUGUCUCGCUCAACUCGCUCUAUUUUUUUAACUCAAACUCAGCCGUCGAUGGAUGUGCCGCCAAAUCAGAGCCCGGGUACCGCCAACUCGAUUGGCUGCGUAUUCAGCUGCAAUACCUGCGCGACCGUAACAUGAAGGCCAUCAUCACUGGCCACGUGCCUCCUGCUCGCACCUCCAACAAGAGCAACUGGGACGAGACUUGCUGGCAGAAAUACACCCUUUGGAUGCAUCAAUACAGAGAUGUCAUAGCCGGUACUCUCUACGGCCACAUGAACACCGAUCACUUCAUCGUGCAGGAUUUUCAUGAUGUUGAUGACAAUGUUGUCGAUGGUUACGAGAUCAUUCAAGGUUCAAACAACAGGGGCUUGCUCUCUGUUGAGGAACCUAAGUUUGGUAUUCAAUCCGCCACUAGCUACCUCAAGGAUCUAAGAGACAGCUGGUCCAAGCUACCAAGACCUGAAGUGAACAGAGCUCACAAGGCUUCUGACAUGUUCGAGGGUGGACUGGAGAGAGGGCACCUAGAGCAAGACGUGGAAACAAACAAGAAGGGCAAGAAACACAAGGGAAAGAAGCCCCACGGUCCAGACGACUAUGAUUCUGAGAUUGGAGGCCAAUACGCUGAGAGGUUCAGUGUCUCACAUGUCUCGCCAAGCGUCGUUCCAAACUACUUCCCUACCAUCCGUGUCUACGAGUACAAUAUCACCGGGCUUGAGAGAAAGUCGCCUCGCGGUUACCUGGAUACCUUCGAACAAUAUCCCAUGGACACAGCAGAGCGUCUAGAUGAUAUCGACGAGCACGACUUGGACGAGAAAGCGAUGGUUGAGGAUGAUGAACUAGAAGCUGAACGCAAAAAGAAGAAAAAGAAGCCGAAGAAGCACAGGUUCACAGUGCCCAAGCCACCCUCAAAAUCUGCACCUCCCGGACCGGCAUAUUCUCCGCAAUCACUAACUCUGUUGGGCUUCGUUCAGUACUACGCCAACCUGACUCGUAUCAACAACGAUUUCUUUGCAGACGAUGUAGAGCAACAAAGAUGGAAGGAUGGCAAGCACCAUGGCAAAGCGCCCUUCGACGACGACCGCACGCCACAUCCAACCAACUUCACCUACGAAGUAUUAUACGACACCCGCAAGGACAAGAUUUACAAGUUGAAAGAUCUCACAACGAGAAGUUAUCUUCGUCUAGCACAACGCAUAGCUGGAGUUAAGCCCCGAAAGUACGGGUCGGAAAUAUCAGAAGCUGAUCCCAAUGAGGUUGACGAUGACGAAGCCUUCGACACCGAUGAAAGUGAUCUGGACAUGAACAAGAAGAAGCACAAGAAAAAGGGCAAGAAGAAGGGCGACAAAAAGAAGAAGUCACGCAGAGACAACAAAGCAUGGUACACGUUUGUCAUGCGAGCUUUCGUGAACACUGUUGAUCCGGACGAUAUCGAGGAAGAAUUUGGGCCAUGA